CGAAGGGGGGGGUAAAAAAAAAAAAAAAAAAAAAAAAAAAACCAGGCUCAGGCUGGGCUUCUGCCAUGAUGUCAGAGGGAAAGAAACCCACAGCUUGCUAAUUUCACCUCCCAAUCGGCCCCGGGAAAAGGAGAUCACCGGGAACAGUUGUUUCCCCCUGUGGUCAUGACGGCUUCGCACAGUGACUCUUUGGUGGUGUUGUUUGGGGCAACAGCUGGUGCAUAUGGGGCUAAACUGGGUUCGGAUGAGAGGGAACUAAUUCUCUUGGUGUGGCAAGUUGUGGAUCUCCCCAGCAAGAAGGUAGGGACGCUACACAAAUCCCUGGUGAAAGCAGACAAUUUGGAGUUAAGUGACCAAUGUCGUGAAGUGAGUGGUUUAACACCAGAGGGACUGGGCAAAGCUGAGCCUCUGGACCGGGUUCUUCAACAGUUUAUUCAGCUGGUAUCCAGUGAUUUGAAAGUAUUUGGAAGGAACUCUUACACCCUUUGCAGUGAUGGCCAGUUACUCAUUCGACAAGUCCUCCACCCAGAAACAUCUAAGAAGAAUUUCCUGCUCUCAGAAUGCUUCUAUUCCUUUUAUGAUCUGCGCAAAGAAUUUCACACGUGCUACCCUAGUUCAGCCGCCGUGAAAGACCAGACAAUCAAGACCAUGGCAGAAUAUCUAGGCUUAGGGACAGAUGAAGCAGAGGAGGACUUUGGCGUGUGGCAAGUAAAAACAAUGGUGGCUAUCAUUUUCAGCAUGCUCUCUGAAAAUUGCGAUCACAUAUUUACUGACCCUGAAACUGUGAAAUACAAGUACGAAACAGGUCCUUGCAGCAAAUCAGAAACAGUGGAUAGUGAGACGGUAAUACGUGCUAGAGGUUUGCCAUGGCAGUCUUCAGACCAAGAUAUUGCCCGAUUCUUCAAAGGGCUCAAUAUUGCCAAAGGUGGCGUGGCCCUUUGUCUGAAUGCUCAAGGAAGAAGAAAUGGUGAAGCAUUAGUUCGAUUUGUCAAUUCUGAACAGAGAGAUCUGGCACUGGAAAGACAUAAGCAUCACAUGGGUAGCAGAUACAUUGAGGUUUACAAAGCAACUGGGGAAGAAUUCUUAAAAAUUGCAGGAGGUACCUCCAAUGAAGUGGCUCAGUUCUUAUCUAAAGAGAAUCAAGUUAUCAUCCGGAUGAGAGGUCUUCCAUUCACUGCUACUCAGGAGGAUGUUUUAGGAUUCCUGGGGCCAGAGUGUCCAGUCACAGGAGGGAAAGAAGGACUUCUCUUUGUCAAGUACCCAGAUGGCAGGCCCACAGGAGAUGCAUUUGUGUUGUUUUCCUGUGAAGAAUAUGCACAGAAUGCACUUAAAAAGCACAAAGAAAUACUUGGGAAGCGUUACAUUGAACUCUUCAGGAGCACAGCAGCAGAAGUUCAGCAGGUACUUAAUCGAUACAUGUCAACGCCUCUUAUUCCCACCCUCCCAACUCCCAUCAUUCCUGUUAUACCCCCACCAUAUACAAUUGCCACGGGUAGCAUACGGGACUGUGUCCGGCUUAGAGGCCUUCCUUACACUGCUGGCAUUGAUGAUAUCCUGGACUUCAUGGGAGAUGCCACAGCUGAUAUAAAGCCUCAUGGAGUUCACAUGGUCCUUAAUCAACAGGGACGACCAUCAGGUGAUGCUUUUAUCCAAAUGAAAUCUGCUGACAAAGCCUUUAUGGUGGCUCAAAAAUGUCACAAAAAAAUGAUGAAGGACCGUUAUGUGGAAGUAUUCCAGUGUUCAGGAGAGGAGAUGAACUUUGUUUUAAUGGGUGGCACUUUAAAUCGUAGUGGCUUAUCCCCACCGCCAUGUAAGUUACCAUGUCUUUCUCCACCAGCUUAUGCUGCUUUUCAAACAGCAGCUGUGAUCCCAGCAGAAGCAGCGCUUUACCAGCCACAAGCCCUCUUGCCAACAGCAAGGACUCCCCAGGCCUCAGCUGCUGCUCCUCCAGCUGUUACCUACUACCCAGCUCAGGCUGCUCAGCUUUAUAUGAACUACACAGCUUACUAUCCCAGUCCUCCAGUAUCCCCUACCACAGUGGGAUAUCUUACAGCUCCUCCAGGAGCUGUAGCUGCUGCUGCCACUGCCACCCACACUCCACUUCUACCCCAGCCUGGAGCAUUAGUCCGAAUGCAGGGUUUGCCGUAUAACACAGGAAUGAAGGAGAUUCUAAGUUUCUUCCAGGGAUACCAGUAUGCACCUGAUGACUACAAUGGCCUUAUUCAGCUGAGCGAACAAGCAAGGAGUGUGUUACAAGCACCGAAAGAGUGGGUCUGUUUGUAACUCUUUGUAACUUCCAAAGAAGCUCCACACAGAUUCCAUCCUCAUGCUUUACAACUUUAGUGGCCAGCCCAGUGGAGAGGCAUUGGUGACUUUUCCAAGCCUGGAUCUAGCUAAGAAAGCAGUGGCUGAGAAAAACGGACAGCUCCUGGGAGGCUGCUGUGUAGAACUGUUGCUGGUCUAACUAAACACACUCUGGGGCAUGGGGAAGGAAUGUCAUGCUGAACACUGUGCCUUUUACAAAAUAAGGAGUCUUCCCUUGCCACCCCUGCAGCGUCAAAUGUGCCUUUUCAACAUGCUGUGUUGGAAUGUAGAAUGGUACAUGUCCUGUAUUUAAUUUGAAAAAGGGUGUAUUGUAUGCCAAAGAUAAAGCAACAGGAAAAUAUAUGCAGUUAAUUUACUUAUUCUCUUAUGUACUUGUUUGAAAAUAAGCAAACCCCUUAUUGGCAACUUGUUAAUUCUGAAGACAGUCUAAUAGCACUUCAGCUGUCGCAGCCAUGGGAGGAACCUAUUGCCUGUUCAGUAGCAUUUGAAGUGGAAAGUGAAGCUUGAGUCAUUCAGAUUCUUCUGUGUUUAGUUUUUAAGAGUUUACACUUGGCAAAGUGUCUGUUUUUUGUAGAAUUGAAAUGUCUUUAUAAAGGGCUUUUGGAAUGUGUAGCAUUCCCAUCUCAAAGCAUAUAGCUCAUUGAUAUUUUUUUUUUUUUUUUUUCAUGGUUGUUCUUGAUUGGAAAAUACCAGGAUGCUGGAUCCCAAUACAGUUGUGCUUUCUCAUGUUUUCGUUAUGUUGUUUUGCAAAAGCCAUAUUUGUCUUUCCUACCAAUGUACUGUUGCCAAAUGUGUAAAGCAAAAAAUAAAAACAAUGGCAAAAACGGAAGAAUCCUCUGUGCCCAACCAGAAUUCCCUACCCAACCCCAAAUUUUUAAUCUCUACAGGACAAAAAUGGCACAUAAACCUGAGUACUAAUAAGUUAUAUUUUUUUAUUUAAGCAUAAUAGCUUUCAAAUACUGUAUUAAAGAUUUUGCUCUAGUUUAUGUGCAUGCAGUUUGUUUACAUCUUUGAACUACUUUAUUUGUAUAUUAUGAAACAACAAGAUAUGUUGAAAUCUAAAUUCUCUAGUGCAUGCUUUUUUCUUUGUGUGUAUAUACAUAAGCUAGAAGAAGUACUUUGUCAUGUAGCAUGUGUUUAAAAAAAAAAAAGACAUCUGCUGUAGAAGCACUAAAUGACUUUGUUUUUACCGUGCCUUACUUCAAAACUAUUCCAAGUGCAAUACCAGCAGAGCAAAACAUGAGUCCUUUUGUGACAUGUUCAUGGAUGUCUGGAUUGAUUUUUUUGUUUCGUUUUGUUAGCGUACAAUGCGUUGUACUUAAAGGAACUGAAUGAUGUAUGCUUCUUUAUAUUACAACAAAUAAAAGAGAUGCUUACGA